AUGUCCACCGCAGAGACUCUCACGCCCACCAACGGAAAGGCACCCGCACAACCGAUCGAUCAUGCCCAUGCCCACGCCUCGCGCCUGGUGAACGUACAGCCCGCUCGUCUGGCGGACCUGCAGCCAAGAUAUGCCCAGAGACUCGAGCAUGAUGAAGAAAACCCAGAAGCGCACGGGUGGUACGCCGGAUUAAUCCACGGUCUCGGAGAAUGUAUUGGAUUCCUCGGUGCGAUUCCGUGCUGCAUCUGCUGCCCCAACCCAUACAAGCCCGUUGCCCAGGGCGAAGUUGGUCUCGUGUCCAAGUUCGGACGCUUCGAGCGGGCCGUCGAUCCUGGUCUUGUCAAGGUCAACCCUCUGAGUGAGCAUCUUACCGCCGUCGAUGUCAAAAUCCAGAUCGUCGAGGUGCCCCGCCAGGUCUGUAUGACGAAGGACAAUGUCACCCUCAACCUGACCUCGGUCAUCUACUACCAAAUUAUCUCCCCCCACAAAGCUGCCUUUGGCAUCACCAAUGUCCGACAAGCCCUCGUGGAGCGCACUCAGACCACCCUCCGCCAUGUCAUCGGUGCGCGGGUCCUACAGGACGUGAUUGAGCGUCGGGAGGAAAUCGCGCAGUCGACAUCGGAGAUCAUCGAGGACGUCGCGGCCGGAUGGGGUGUCCAGGUCGAGUCUAUGCUUAUCAAGGAUAUCAUCUUCAGCAACGACCUGCAGGAUUCGCUCUCGAUGGCCGCUCAGUCCAAGCGGAUCGGUGAAAGCAAGGUCAUUGCUGCUCGCGCCGAGGUAGAGUCCGCCAAAUUGAUGCGCCAGGCCGCCGAUAUUCUUUCUUCCGCUCCUGCCAUGCAAAUUCGAUACCUCGAGGCGAUGCAGUCCAUGGCCAAGACUGCCAACAGCAAGGUGAUCUUUUUGCCUGCUAUGAACCAGACUGUCCAACAGCAGCUUGCAGCGGCGGAGAACGCCGGCGAGGGCCCGAGCCGAUACGGAUCUGGCAGCCAGGUAGAUGAGGGAUUCCAGCGCGCGAUGAACGCUCGUGUGGUUGAGGACAUCUGA